AUGGAUGGUUUAAAUUUUAAAAAUCAAACCAAUUUCAAAAGUGGAACGGGUAGAAAUAUAGUGGUAGAGUCAUCAUCAUUGGAUAAAGCAAGGGUUAUAUUAUCAAACAGUGAAACUAAUCAAAAAUCACCAAAUAGUAAAUCUAAAAGAACCAGAGACUUUGAAGAAGAAAGCGAAAAUAAUAAUAAUAUAAAUAAUAUUAAUAAUAAUCAUAAUAAUCAUAAUAAUACGACUGAAGCACAAGAAAAUAAAUUAAAUAAAAUUAACAAUAAAGAAAAAACAGGUUUUAAAACAGCAUCAAAUCACUCAAUUAUCAUAAGUAAACAUGCUUUAAAUAAAUACCACCAAGAAAUAAAUAAUGAUUUUGAAAAAGAUAUAGAUUUAUCACAAUAUCAAGCCGACAUUCAACUUUUAGAACAACCUUUAAAUGCUUCAGAAAAAUUAAAUAAUAAAUAA